UGGCACCCUGGCACCAUGUGGACCGUCAAGAUCCUGCUGGCGCUGGUGAGGCUGCUCUGGAAGGCCCUGUGCCUGCUGGUGGUCAGCCUGGUCCGCCUGCUCCUCUGGCUGGCGGGCAGCGACUGGGAACCGCAGUGGCUGCAGCGCAGGGACCGGGCCCGGCGGACCAGAGGGGACAAGAAGGACGACAGCAGCGGCGAGGACAGCAGCGAGGAGAGCAGCAACGAGGACAGCAGCGGCGACGAGGACAGCGGCGGCGGCGACGACAGCGGUGAAGACAGCAGCGAGGCCAGCGGCGAGGAGCGCCUGACCCCCACCAGCGUCAACUACCACUUCACCCGGCAGUGCAACUACAAGUGCGGCUUCUGCUUCCACACGGCCAAGACGUCCUUCGUGCUGCCUCUGGAGGAGGCCAAGAGGGGCCUGCGGCUGCUGAAGGAGGCGGGCAUGGAGAAGAUCAACUUCUCGGGCGGGGAGCCCUUCCUGCACGAGCGCGGCGAGUUCCUGGGCCGGCUGGUGAAGUUCUGCAAGCGGGAGCUGCGCCUGCCCAGCGUGAGCAUCGUCAGCAACGGGAGCCUGAUCCGCGAGCGCUGGUUCCAGAACUACGGCCGGUACCUGGACAUCCUGGCCAUCUCCUGCGACAGCUUCAACGAGGACGUGAACGUCAUCAUCGGCCGCGGGCAGGGCAAGAUAAACCACGUGGAGAACCUGCACAAGCUGCGGGGCUGGUGCCGGGAGUACCGCGUGGCCUUCAAGAUCAACUCGGUCAUCAACCGCUUCAACCUGGACGAGGACAUGACCGAGAACAUCAAGGCGCUGAACCCCGUCCGCUGGAAGGUGUUCCAGUGCCUGCUCAUCGAGGGCGAGAACGUGGGGGAGGGGGCGCUGCGCGAGGCCGAGAAGUUCGUCAUCACCAAGGAGGAGUUCCAAGGCUUCCUGGACCGCCACCGCGGGGUGGCCUGCAUGGUGCCCGAGUGCAACGACAAGAUGAAGGAUUCCUACCUGAUUCUGGAUGAGUAUAUGCGUUUCCUGAACUGCAGGGAGGGGCGCAAGGACCCCUCCAAGUCCAUCCUGGACGUGGGCGUGGAGGAGGCCAUCAAGUUCAGCGGCUUCGACGAGGAGGCGUUCCGCAAGCGCGGGGGGAAGUACGUGUGGAGCAAGGUGGACCUGCAGCUGGAUUGGUAGGGCUGGCGGGGAGCAGCCUCCCCCCGCCCCCCCCACAUGGGACCCCAGCUCAGGCUGCCAUCAUGUGCAGCGCCUCCUGCUGGCACGCGCCAGCGGUGCCCGCUGGGAUCUCCCAUUCUGCUUGAUAGCUGGUGACCUGCGGUCGCCGAUCGCGCGCUUGAGUAGCUGAAAUCCGUAGGUAGCGCAAGCCCAUUAGCUUCAGUUCAUCGCCUUAGUUUGGAGUUGAUUUUGUGAGCACUGUUUAUUGUGACCCCCGCACUUCCAUUUCUUUUUCCGGUGUGUUCAUUUCAUAGUCCGUUGUUUUCUGCCAAACAUUGCGGUGCCCGUUUCCACGUCUGCAAACAAUCACAGGUCGUUUCAGUUCGCUGUAACACUGUUCCGCCCCUGCCCGUGUGCUCUUGCCACCCGGGCCUCUCCUCCCACAAGUCCACGGUCGGUCGGUGUUUCCCAGGCCCGGAGAUGACCAUCUCGUCUGUCCUCAGGGACUACGCAGAAGGAUGGAGUGGCGGCCACCCACGCCACUCCAGCCCAGCCCACGGCCCACUCGAAUGCUCCUUGAAUGCGUGCUCUCUCUCUCUCUCUCGCUCUCCUUUUCUUUCCAAAAUUCCUAGCCCAACCAAGGUACGCUUUCCAUUUCAUGGUGAAGGGGACCAGGGGUCUCUGCUUGGGUGGUUGUGUGAGCCUGAUGUUCCAGCCGUGUGAGUCAGUCCAGCAGAAGCUCCGGAGUGGACGUGAGCCCACGGCCAGCGUGGACGAGGGUGUGAUGAGGAGCCCAGGCCAGCCUGGGCCUCCAGCCAGCGCAGCUUGGCUCCGGGUCACGUUUCUCAAGGAACUCCCAGCCGCUUGAAGUCAAACACGAUCUAGGUCAGGAUGACAGGGCCCCCGCCUCCCUUCCCCAGCCUCGGAGGAAAGCUGUCACUCGAACGGCGCCAGGGACCAACCCCUCCCCCAGCAGGAACGUCACACAUCGCAGGCAGCUUGUUUGUGUGACCGGGACGCGAUCUCGGGGCCUGUAAAGGAAUGACUUCCUGUCAUUCUUUCAAAGGGGCAAAAUCAUGGAAAAGGUUUUUUUUUCCCAAACAAAGGAAGAGCUAUUUUAACCCAGCUGCCACUCCACAGGGGGCGGCCGAGGGGGGCCCGUUGGCACAGGCCACUGGGCCGGAAAGUCCGCUUCCUGAUCUGUCUUCAAGACGCGGGUGUGGAAAGGUUUGGUUUCUCGUGUGUGUGAUUCUUUUUCCCUCAGAAAACAUAUUCCUACUCCGACUUUUAAGCCAUUCUCAUUCGCCCGAAGGGUUUCCGUCCCCCCUAGUCCGCGCACAUUUUCCGCUGUCUGGAUUGCUUGGGUCCGUUGUCUGGCCACAGAACAUGCCCACCAGCACGCACAACAGCUGCCGAGUCGGGGCCCGAAUGAGCGCCGGGGUGUUUAAGAAAAGAGAGAAAAAAGAAUGAGAGAAGUGUCCCCCCGCCCCCCCCCCGGGUUUUGAUGGUUUCCAAGUUACGAUGCUGCUGCUAUGGUCCGCACAAACAUGACGGAGUUUUUCUCCACUCAGCGCGUGUGCAUCUUGCUGACCUUCCCAGCGUUCCACGGGGGUGAGGGCAAAGGGAACGGGCAGGCGUGUGCACGCGUGUGCACACACACAAAGCCCCGCGUGGCACGGGGCGGGGGCUCCGCCAGCGUCCCCCGAAACGAAGCCGGAAUUCGCACCCCAGACCCUCUGACUUGGGGUGGACUCUCUCAAGCCGCACAGGACUGCGUUUCUCCUUCCCCGAAGGGAAACAGGAAACAAAACAGGUUAAGAAACACGCUGCAUAUCAGAAAUAAGCUACAGGACUCGAAUCCAUUUCCAGCUGCUAGCACCUCACCGCUCCCUUCCGGACACCCCGGCGGGAGGUUCAGGGCUGUUGUUGUGGUUCACAACAGUCCACGCUCACCUCUCCUGCUUGCCGUGCCGCAGUGCUCUUAUUUAAAUUAUGUAACGCUUGGCUUUGCUUCUUGCCGCUUUAAGUACGAGCAUCCAGUUUCAGGGAGUGCGCCCUUUUCAUCGGGAACGUGAAUGGUUGAUGUCUCCGAGGCGUCUCAUGGAAGGGUGAAGGGGCGAAUGUUUUCCGCGCUUUUAAUUGCUGCUUAAGUUGUGUUUUAAUAUUAUGGUUGACAUUGUAUCUUAGGAGCAUCAGACAGGAGUGACGAUAGCACACGGGCUCUGCGAGCACCGUCUGUUAGUCGGUGACGAGUGGUGAGAAACGCCCCUGCUCCCUCUCCCGGGGGAGCAGGGGUGAGACGGUUCGGCCGAGUGCCUGGGAGGGCUGAGGGGGCGGGGAACUGUGUGCACGUCGCUCUGUAUCUGAUGCUCUUGUACGUAGGUCUGACAUCUUGUAAGUUAUUCUAAUAUAUUAAAUAAAUUA